UCUAGCACCGCCCCAGGUCCUGAUGGGUCGGAUUUCUGACCAGUCAGUAGGCGCGGCGGGGACUUUGGUUUCACGAGCUUGUGUUUGCCGCCUCUGUUCCCGCGACCCCAACGUCCUAGAGGCGGGGCGGAGGCGGCGGAGGCGCUCCUUGAGGCCAACCUCUGUUCCAGCCCGACUAACAGACCCCGCUGGGCGGCGGUUGCCCUGGGUGCGGCUUUGUGUCCCGGAUUCUCCCGAAGGGCGGCCGCGGAGCACGGAGAAGGACCGUGGGCAACAUUCAGGGCCUUGCGGUGGCUUCAGCCCUCCUGGAACCUGAGGCUGAUGACGUGAAGGGGAACUAGUGGGAGAAAUAACUUAAGCGGACCGCGAAUUCCCGUGAAUCGUUUGUCCUUAGGAUACUGAGCAUUUGAUAUUGAAAACAUCAUUUGCCAACUAUCAUGGAGCCUACAUAUCCUCUUACAGGUCCCCAGAUGAAUACCAGGUUUCCUUCAAGCAGAAUGGUACCUUUCUACUUUCCUCCAUCAAAAUGUGCACUUUGGAACCCAAUGCCAAUAGGAGAUUUCGUCUACUUACAUCUCAAUUACUACAGAAAUCCAAAGGUUGUGGUAACUGAAAAGACCAUCCGACUUGCUUAUCGCCAUGCUAAGCAGAAUAAAAAAAACCUGCCAUGCUUUUUACUUGGUUCUCUCAUAGUAGAAGAAGAUGAAGAAAGUGUGACAUUGACAAUAGAUCGUUUUGAUCCUGGUCGAAAAGUACCUGAAAUCUUAGAAAGAACCCCUACUGCUUCUCUUCCUGGGGACUUUGUGAUUCCAUGCAAAAUUUAUACUCAUGGUCCUUGUUCAAAAGAAAUAAUAGUUCAUGAUGCAGAUGAUUUCAAUUCAGCUUUUAAGGCUCUGCAGCACCAUAUAUGUAGCAAAGAUUCCUUGGAUUGUGGUAAACUGCUUUCCCUAAGAGCUCAUAUCACUUCCAGGGAAAGUUUGGACAGUGUGGAUUUGGACUUGCAUUGGGCAGCAGUAACUCUAGCACAUACUUUUAAAUGCACACCUGUGAAGCCCAUCCCCAUUAUUCCAACAGCUCUGGCAAGAAACUUGAGCAGUAAUCUGAGUAUUUCUCAAGUUCAAGGUACCUAUAAAUAUGGAUAUCUUACCAUGGAUGAAACACGCAAAUUGUUACUUUUGCUAGAAUCGGAUCCCAAGGUUUGUUCUCUACCAUUAGUGGGAAUCUGGCUGUCUGGAAUUAUACAUAUCCAUAGUCCUCAGGUAUGGGCUUGCUGCUUACGAUACAUGUUCAGUUCUUCUCUUCAAGAAAGGGUUUUUUCAGAAUCUGGAAAUUUCAUUGUAGUUCUCUAUUCUGUGACACAUAAGGAUCCUGAGUUUUAUGAAUGCCUCCCCUGUGAUGGCAGGUCACCUGACCUUCAGUUCCAGCUACUAACCAGCAAGGACACAUUACAUCUUUUCAAAAAUGUUGAACCUUCUGAUAAAAAUUCAAUCCAGUUUGAACUGACUGCUGAAAGCCAAAAUGCAGAAGCAGAGUUUUUCAACAAAGUUUCCAAGAAUCUUUCAAUUAAAAGAUCUUCCCAAAAGUUAUCUCCAGGGAAAAUACCAAUAAAUGAUCAUGACUCUGGUGUUGAAGAUGAAGAUUUUUCUCCAAGACCAAUUCCUAGUCCUCAUCCUGUGAGUCAAAAGGUUUCUAAGAUCCAACCAUCAGUUCCUGAACUUUCGCUUGUGUUGGAUGGCAAUUUCAUAGAAUCCAAUCCUCUGCCUAAGCCAUUGGAAAUGAUGGAUAAUGAAAACCCUUCUUUGUUCAUUAACCAGCCUGACUGCUCGGAGCCGUUGCAACCCCAGCUUUUCAAUGACAAACACAGCCCAGAAGCGGAAGCUGGAGAGCCUUCCUUGAGAGGGUUACCAGAUCAGUUAGCCCAGAGCACUGUUCCUUUAAGACAUGGCAAAGUCAGACCGUCAUCUACCUGUAAAAAAGGGAACCCACAUGUCAGGAACAGUGGUAAGCCAUCUUCUCGUAAUAGGCCAUCUCCUGAUACACACGUACACGAAGAACAUCUUCUAAGAUCCUCCACAUUUAAUUGCAAGCAGUCAUCUCUUGCCUCACAGUCCCAACCACACAAUUGCAUUUUUUCAGCCUGUAAUUCAGGAAGACCAGUGGAACUUCAGAUACCUACUCCACCACUACCAUCUUACUUUUCUACAAAUGUCUGCAGUUGUUGUCAGCAUCAUGGCCACAUUCAGUAUAGUCCAGUAAAUUCUUGGCAAGGAAUGACUACACCAGGGUCCAUUCAAGACCUCCAGUCUGAAGCCCUUCACAAACCUUCGUUAUUUCACCCAGGUGGAUAUCCAGCUCUGCACCCUAAUGCGUUCUGUUCUUCAAGUAGUCCUAUAGCAUUGAGACCUCAGGGAAGCACAGGUGGCUGCCCUCCCCACAGCAUUGUGGAACCAUCGCCUGUGGCAAGACUUCCUUCACAUGUGGACCCUUGUAGCCCACGGCCCUGUGCAGCGUGCACGCACACACCCAACACCAGGCCAGAUAACGGAAUGAUGGGACUGUCUCCAGAUGCCUAUAAGUUCCUCACAGAACAGGACAGACAGCUGAGACUGCUUCAGGCACAGAUUCAGCGUUUAUUGGAGGCGCAGUCUCUGCAGCCCUGCUCCCCGGAGACCACAUCUGUUGAAGGCGCGGCACCAGACGCAAGACAGAUGGAGCUGGUUUCCAUGGGAGCACAGUCUGCCCCCGGCUUGCACAUGAGAAAAAGUGUCAGCAUUGCUGUGAGCACAGGGGCCAGCUUGUUUUGGAAUGCAGCAGGUGAUGAUCAAGAGCCUGAAUCUCAGCUGAGACAAGAUGAUACGAAGAUUUCCAGUGAGGACAUGAAUUUCUCUGUUGAUAUUAAUAAUGAAGCCCCAAGUCCUCCAGGUAGUGCCUCUUCAUUAAAAGCAGUUGAUAUUCCCAGCUUUGAAGAGAGCAACAUUGCUGUGGAAGAAGAAUUUAAUCAGCCACUUUCUGUAUCCAACUCUUCUCCAGUAGUGAGAAAAGAACCUGAUGGGCCUGUGUUAUUUCGGAAUUCCGCGUCAGUAGAGAGUAUAAGCAUGUGCUUACAGAGUGGACCAGCAGAGGGUGCUAGUAACACCUCUGUAACAUCAAGGGAACCAAAAAUUGAGCAAGCGAUGCCUCUUCAGCCAUCUGAUAAGCAGAAAAUAUACCAGGAUUUAUUGAGUCAAGUGAACCACCUACUGAAUAAGUCCUCCAAAGAAACUGAGCAACCAUCUACCAAAGCAGUAAUUAUCAGCCAUGAAUGCACCAGAACACAAAAUGUUUACCAUACAAAGAAAAAAAAAUGUGAUUCAGGGGCGGCAGACAAAGAUUGUGUUCUUAAUGCAACCCUUAAACAACUGAGAAACCUUGGAGUAAAAAUCGAUUCUCCCACUAAAGUGAAUAAAAAUGCACAUAAAGUGGAUCAUGCCAGUGUGUUGGCAUGCAUCAGCCCCGAAGCAGUGAUUUCCGGAUUAAACUACAUGUCAUUUGCUAACGUGGGCAUGAGUGGCCUAAGCCCCAAUUGUGUGGAUUUGAGCAUGGAGGCAAAUGCUAUCGCUCUGAAAUAUUUGAGUGAAAAUCAGCUGUCACAGCUAUCCCUCAGUCGAUCAAACCAAAAUAACUGUGACUCAUCGUUUAGUCUUCUACAUAUUAAUACAGACAGAAGCACAGUGGGACUUAGUUUAAUUUCACCAAACAACAUGUCAUUUGCAACCAAAAAAUAUAUGAAGAGAUACGGGCUCAUACAAAGCAGUGACAACAGCGAAGAUGAAGAGGAGCCUCCGGACGCUACAGGCGGCAAGAGUGAGCAUGUGCUGGGUCAGGACCUUACAGCCGUCCCUGAGCCACUCGACUGGCAGAAGGGGCCUUCCAGGAGUGCGUGUGGGGCGGUCCGUUGUUGUAACUGUGAACCCGUGAGCACCCACACAGAUAUGCCAGUACUGAGAAAUAUUACAAAUGAAGUUGUUGCGCCAAAAGCAAUGCACAAAUUGAACGAGAACCCAGCUUUCUUCUUAAAAAACCUUGAACCAAGCCCUGCAGUGAACCUCCGAACUGGAAAAGCAGAGUUUACCCAACAUCCUGAGAAAGAAAAUGAAAGGAACUCUCCAGUUCUUCCCGAAAGUUUGAACCCUGAAACUUUAAAGCAGAUGAGCAGUAUGAACUCAGUAGGCACCUUCUUAGACGUGAAGCGGCUCAGACAGUUGCCAAAAUUAUUUUGAACCUUAAGCUCACCACCCUCCUGAUGUAAGGAUGCGGUGUCUCCUGAAGAGACUUAGGGAAGCCAGAGCCGUUGGGUGGUUUGGGGAUUCCUAAGCGUUCUGGGGGCCAGUCUGUUCCUUGGCAGCAGCUGAUUGCAAAGAGCUGAACAAGUGACCUGAGGGUCCAUAAGGUGGCCGGCUACUGGGAGGUGAAGUUCUCUGUUCAAAUAGAGCCGUUCACUAUCGCUGCAGCUUUUAAAAAAAAAAAUCCUGAGACCAGUCAUUUAAACAAAUUUACGUACACAAGUACUGUCCGGCUCUAAAUCCGAACUGCUCUUUGUGAAAACUAAGUCCAUUUUCCCAGCGUGUUGCAGCUCUGAGUCUACCCAGUAUCACCUAAAAGAACAUAAGAUAAACUGAUCAUGACCCUGACUCAAUGAGCUAAAUCAACCCUUAUUAAAUUUAAGGGGGACGUUUUAUUUUUUAAAAUAACUUGAAGAUCUUUUAUACAACAAGUAUAUAUGUUUCCUUAAUUAAGAUGCACAUUUGUUGAAUUCUGUGGACAUAAAGCGUUUGCAGUCUGGUGGAUUGAUGUUAAUGUAACAUUUUCAACAUUAUAGCACUAGCUAUCACAAAACAAGAAAAUUAAUGAGUAGGAGUGCGUUUUACAAACUUUGAGUUUUUCAAGUGUUUUAAUAUUUUUUUAAUAGAACUUAAUAAAAAUGUCCAGAUUUACUGCU